AUGGGCCGCAGGUACCCCCGGAGGCUGUGGCUGCUGCUCCUACUGGCCGCCGGCGCCGGGCUCCUCCUCCUCCGGGGCUGGUACUCGGGAGCCUGGCCCGAGUCCGCAGUUUGGGGUUCAUGGCCAGGGAGGCAGAAGCCCUGUCCGCGCCCCCUGGCCGCGGCCCUGCAGGGGCGCCCGCGCUUCCAGCGGCUCUUCAACCUGUCCACCCCCGUGCUGCUGUGGGGCGGCCUCCUCACCCCGCAGCUCUGGGACGCCCUGAUCCAGCUCUGGGGACCCUACAGCUGGCGCGGCCUCCCCCGGGAGGCCAUCGCCUCCACGCUGCGCCUCCUGAACGGCUCGGAGAGCGCGCAGCUGUUCCCCGCGUCCCAGGAGCCGCGGUGCCUUCGCUGCGCGGUGGUGGCCAACGGAGGCAUCCUGAAGGGCUCCCGCCAGGGCCGGCGCAUCGACGCCCACGACUAUGUCUUCAGGCUCAAUGGUGCGGUGAUCACAGGCUUCGAGAAGGACGUGGGCACCAAGACCUCCUUCUACGGCUUCACGGUGAACACCAUGAAGAACUCCCUCUACAACUACGGGCACCUGGGCUUCCGCUCGGUGCCGCAGGGACCGGACAUGCGCUACAUCUUCAUCCCUUCCAACAUCCGCGACUACCUGAUGCUGCGCUCCGCCCUGUUGGGUGUGCCUGUCCCUGAGGGUCGGGACCAAGGGGACAGGCCUGAGGCCUAUUUUGGACCACAUGCCCCUGCAGGUAAAUUUAAGUUACUGCAUCCCAACUUCAUCCACUACCUGAAGGAGAGGUUUUUGAAUUCCAGCCACAUUCACACAGAUGCCAAAGGCGUAUACAUGCCUAGCACUGGGGCCCUCAUGCUGCUGACAGCCCUGCAUACCUGUGAUCAGGUCAGUGCCUAUGGAUUUAUCACAAAAAACUACCAGAGCUUUUCUGACCACUAUUUUGACCGAGAAAAGACGCCACUGAAAUUUUAUCUGAACCAUGAUCUGUAUCUUGAGGCAACGCUGUGGGAAGACCUCCACAACGCUGGCAUCAUUCAGCUGUACCAGCGCUGACCCCGACGGCUCCCAGCCCUUUGCGUCUCCGUAUAAAGCCUUGGCUCUCAUCCUCUCGGUG